UUAUCUCUCUUCCAUGUCUUGGCUAAUCAGCAGUGAUAUUGUUGAUUGGUUGAGCGAACUCUGAUCUGACUCUGCACGGGGACGACCUCGACACGGAGUCCGCGUGUGAUACACGCUCUUGCUCAACUCUUUCAUCUUGUUAAUAUCCAGAUAGCAGAAUGUACAAUAACUCCCACCAAGGAAACCGGCCUUCCGAUCUGGUAAGGAACGGGAAACGAGGCGUAGAGAUCGGAGAGCUGUUUGCUCAACUUUCACCAUCUUCACCUUCUUUUCACGAUGAUCUGCCCAUCCCAUCUCUGCAUGAUAUACUGAGAAAAGAGCCUCGUAUCUUUUGCAUAUACUGCGGGCGAAGUCACAACGGAAAGAACAAACUGAUCUGCAACCCUUGGUGCGACAACUGGAUUCGAUAUCCUGGCUUGAGGGUCGUCAAUGUCCCUCUUGACCACGUCUCUUUCUCGAGUGUCGUCAGACAGUUCGAGCAGUCAUGGAGACAUCCCGACAAGCGCUGUCCUGUCGUGAAACGUGUCCUCUUCGUCGUUUCGUCAAUGGGAAGCGUCCGCCGCUAUGAAGAAUACCAGAAGCGCAUAGAGGAACGAAGAAACUUCACUGCUGUGGGCCGCCCACCUGGGAACGAGAAUCGCCGGUGGCACGGUACCAGGCGCGAAUGCAGCUUAGGUGAAGACUGGUCAACUUCAACUUGGCCUUGCAAAUCUCCGACGUGCUCAGUGUGCCGCAUCGUCUGCGACUCCUUCGAUAUCGAGUGUUACAAAGGCAGGACGGGAUGGGGACGAUUCGGCCGUGGAAUCUACACGUCCUCGACAUCCUCGAAGGCCGAUGACUAUUCCUGCAACCUGGAGCGGGGGUCGACAACCAAGGUCAUGAUCCUGGCGAAGGUCGUAGUCGGUAGAGGGUACAAGAUGCACUACAACAACUCGUCUCUGACCGCGCCGCCGGUCGGCUACGACUCCGUAUGUGUACGCUCUCUUCCUCUGUACACAUCUUACAUUUCCGGACAGGUUUUGGGUGAGACGGGCGCUCAGCUGAACUAUGACGAGGUCGUAGUAUAUUCGAAUGAUGCUAUACGCCCUGCCUAUCUCGUUCUGUACGAUUAG